GUUAACAUAGACAAAUUGAUGAACUUCUAAGACUAAGGCAACUUUUAGAGAUAACUUUUUUAACCUUUGUAUACUACAGGGAUGUGCGCCGACAUGGUUCGUAUAGUUAGUUUCUGUGUAGUUUAGAGCGUCGCUUCGUUUUGUCCUCAAAUGAGCGCUUUUACUAACAGGGGAGUGGCAAAAUAUAAAUGUGUAAAUAUAUAACUAUAUGUUGCAUUAACUCAUAAAAGUAAUUCUACAAGGAAGUAACGGAGUUGCGUUUGGAUCUAAUGGAUCAUCCGUCGUCAAUAAUCACGCAAGUAAGAAGAGAUGAGGAGGAAAAUGCGACUUUUCAUGAGGAAGGUUCAAGUGAGGUUUCUGCCUCAAAUAAGCCUCAAAGCAGAGGCCUUCUCCACGGUAUUUUCUGCUGCCUCUGUCACCCUGACACUGAGCCACCUCCGGCUAAAAACGACGCCCCCCUCUCAGUGGAAGAAAACGGGUCUCUAUCAAAAGUUCCAGCAGAACCGCUGCUCCCACAAUUGAAAUCGAAUGAUGAAGGGAAGAUCUGUGUGGUCAUUGAUUUGGAUGAAACCCUAGUGCAUAGUUCAUUUAAGCCUGUGAACAAUGCAGAUUAUAUCAUUCCAGUGGAAAUCGAGGGAACGCUACACCAGGUUUACGUAUUAAAGAGGCCUCAUGUUGACGAAUUCCUCAAGAGGAUGGGAGAGUUGUUUGAGUGUGUUUUGUUCACCGCAAGCUUAUCCAAGUAUGCAGACCCCGUGUCGGACCUGUUGGAUAAAUGGGGGGCCUUCCGUAGCCGCCUCUUCAGAGAAGCAUGUGUCUUCCACCGGGGGAACUACGUAAAAGACCUGAGCCGUUUAGGAAGGGACCUCAACAAGGUCAUCAUCAUAGACAACUCUCCAGCCUCCUACAUCUUCCACCCCGAGAAUGCAGUUCCAGUAGCGUCCUGGUUUGACGACAUGUCUGACACAGAGCUUCUCGAUCUCAUCCCCUUCUUUGAGAGACUUAGCAAAGUGGACGACAUCUAUGAUAUUCUCAAGGAGCAGAGGACUUCAAGUUAACAAAAGGCAGGGGACUCAAAUGGUGAAAGUCACCUGCGACUGCCAUUACGGGGCCACGGAGGCUGGUGAGCCGCAGGCUCCAGAGCGCUUCCCACUACAAGGACCACAAGUUACCAAAAGCAAAAGAAAACAAAGAAAAAAAAAAUAGAAAAGAAAAAAGUCGCUUGUCUUUUAAUCUGAUUUUCUCAGCGUGCAGGAAAACUCCAUCUAUCAUUUUUGAAAUAAGGACUUAACACGAGACGGCGCGGCCUGUGUAGAUAGGUUUUGCAGUGCAACGAGUGUGUUGUUGUUAUGUGACAGCAGUGACCUUUGUAAGGGUGCUGCAAAGCUAGAGUGUGUGAACAGUUGCUCAGCCCCCUACAAAUAGCCGUCUACAAAUCAGCCACCAUUAAUGUCAGUAUAAUGUAACAUUUGUACAUUAGUUCUGUUUGAUGCCUUCAUGGAGAAUUAACACAUGAAGGAAGAAAAUCUCUUAAAUUACAAAUACAUUAUGACAUUAUCCAAACACUGUGCACUUACUGUGUAUAUUUGGGCAUCUUUGAGCAAAAUAUACUGUAAUGUGAAUGUUAGAAAUGAAUAUAUUGUAAUUGCUUAGUAUUGAUUUUUAUUUGUGUUGGAAAGGAGAAACUUUUAUCAAGUUGAUUCUGAUAUGCUAAAUGCUAAAGCUAAGUCUGGAUCUGUCACAUAAAGUCCCAUUAGUGUGACAAAAGCUCCUUUAAUGCAGAGAAGUGUCAAAGCAGAGAAGGAUGAGAUCGUCUUUUACUUUUAUUGUAAAUACAAAAUUUUAAAGAUUUAAUUUGAAUGUUUUAAUGAUGGUUAUUUUAUGCUUUGACGUAUUAGUUGUAUUGGCUCACCCAGUGUGCGGCCUGUUUCAUGAGCACAGCAGGAAAAGGAGGCUGCAACCAGGUUCGGUGGAUGAGUUUUAGUUUUUUAGCACACUUGGUAGCCUCCUGUGGGUAAACUUGAAUCUGAGCUGUUUCAUGUGAGACGUUUAUGGAGUCCGCUACGUUGCCUUACCGGGCAGCUACACCGAGCAGACUUUUCUACCAGUGACGCUCCAGGACUGAUUUACUGUGCCUCAGUCCGGAGCGAACGUGUGUGUGUGUGUGUGUGUGUCUGUACGUGUGGAUUUGAGUGUGUUUGUGUCACCGUGAGUAUUUGUAUUGCUUUUAGCUACAACAAAGGUAUAUGAAAAACCAUCACUUGUGAUUUCUUUCAUUUUUUACUGUAUGUAACUGUAUUAAUAUUGAGACUCAUGAAAAAAAUAAGGCUCAAACACAUGAAACGAAGACAACUGGAGGUAUUUUUCCUGCAUUAAUAAAGCAUGUUUUAUUCAAACA